UUCGAAGACUCGGAAGUCCGCGUAUUAGUAAAAACUCGGAACGAACACAUGCACUGCAGCUGAGUCGAUGAUAGUACACAAAGUGGAAGAUCGAUUUUCACAAUGUUUGUGCGCGGAUUUGCUGGUGUGUCAAAAGUUCUUUUGAAUUUUGAGAAAUUAUGUGCGGAACCACGUCGCGAAAUGGGGCAUCGAUUUCGUGGUCACAUGCCUAAUCGGCAUCGCGACCCCAAGUGGAAGAAAUACCGUGCAAACCAAACAUUUCGCUUGAAACUUCCUGAUUAUGAAGAGAUGCGGAAAGAUUUUUCACAUUUGAGCCCUGAUGAGAUAAGAAGUCUUAUGAAGGAAAAAGGCAUUGUGCCAGGCCGCCUCUGGAUUGAGAAACCGGUGUUCAUGUCCUGUACUGGGACGGUUAUCGACGCGUUUGUGCCUCCAGAAGGUGAUGGUAAAGCUACAAUUUUAUCCAAGACAGGAGCACUGCAACAGAUGAGGAAAUUGGAGAAAAAGGGAAAAUCACUUAUGCAAUUAAGAAAAAUUCGUCAAUUUGAUGAGGACUUCGAUUUGGAAGAAUUUGCGCAGCAAGCGCACACUAUCUACGAGGAAGCUCAUCUCGCUCUCGCUAAUGGUGAUAAGAAGAAAUUAGGAAAUCUGGUGACAGAACGCUGUUAUCCGGAAAUGCUUGCUAACACGGAGCUCAAGACACUUCGCUGGUCGCUCAUAAAAAGCAUUGAGCCCGCUCGAGUGGUACAUAUUCGUACUCAGGAUUUACUCAACAAAGAUAACAUCUUUGCUCAGGUGACCGUUCGCUUGCACACCCAGCAGACGCUUGCAAUCUAUGAUCGUUUCGGAAGGUUAAUGCACGGAUCGGAGGCGAUCACGAAGGAUGUUCUAGAGUAUGUCGUAUUCGAAAAGCAUAUGUCAAAUGAGUACGGUCAAUGGAAGCUUCAUGCAAAAAUCAUACCGGAGUGGCAGCCCGUAAAAUCCCCUGAAAUUCUAACGAAUAUAGUUGAAGGCAGCCCUGUUAAUAAUGAAAAUUUGCCUGCAAAUUUGUCUGAGAAGCUAUGAAGCAAGAACAGCCACAACUGGCUGCCACUUAGUUAUAUGGCUAAAAGUAGGAAGGGUUGAACCAGUGUGGGUGAGUGGAGUGGACGGCCACUGCUGUGACAAGCGAAGGUGAUUUAGAGAGUGAAAAGUUCCUUUCAGGGAAAUACUAGACGCGAUUACAUUUUUAUCUUAGCUGCAUAAAAUAUCGGAGAAAAGAUGAGGGAACUUAUGUACACGCAAAAUGAAUAAAGUAGAAAGAGCACUUAUGUACACGCAAAAUGGA